GUCCUCCUGGUGAGUGGCGGACCCGGGGCUAGACUUCCUAGGCCCCGGCCGUGGAAGGGGCGAAGGACACUCCCCUCGCUGCCCGCUGCAAGAAACGGGCGGUCCCCGCACGCACUUCUGGAAAUGCAAGCCGGGAGCGCGGCGGGCCAAGAAUACAGCCAGGUCCCGGGACCUGCCAGCUGCGGUAACUGAAGCGGGGGUCCCGGACGGGCGGGGUUACCAGGGACAGGAGUAGCCUUGGAAAGAGGAGGGGGCCUCCUCCCACGACCGGGGUGAUCGCCGCCUCUCCGCCGCACCCCCGGGCCCUAUGCCCUGAGCAGGCCGGCGAGGCUGGCAAGGCGCCCGGGCCCGGGGCGGAAAGCAGGAAGUCGACCCCGCGGGCGCGGCCCAGGGUGCGGCGCUGCAGGUGCAGCGCGGGGUGGCGGGGCGGGCGCCCAGUGCACCCCGGAGGAGGUGAGCGCCAGGUCGCCUUCGCGGCCCAGGGACGCAGGCCGGGGCGCCGGAGCUGACGGCUGGGCCGGGCGAGGCAACAGUAUUUUCUGGAAAGGGGCCCCUCUGAAGCGGUCCAGGAUCCUGCACAUGGCGCUGACCGGGGCGUCAGACCCCUCUGCAGAGGCAGAGGCCAGCGGGGAGAAGCCCUUUUUGCUGCGGGCCUUGCAGAUCGCGGUGGUGGUUUCCCUCUACUGGGUCACCUCCAUCUCCAUGGUGUUCCUUAAUAAGUACUUGCUGGACAGCCCCUCCCUGCAGCUGGACACCCCCAUCUUCGUCACCUUCUACCAGUGCCUGGUGACCACACUGCUGUGCAAGGGCCUCAGCGCACUGGCCACCUGCUGCCCUGGUGCCGUGGACUUCCCCAGCCUGCGCCUGGACCUUAGGGUGGCCCGCAGCGUCCUGCCCCUGUCGGUGGUCUUCAUCGGCAUGAUCACCUUCAAUAACCUCUGCCUCAAGUACGUCGGGGUAGCCUUCUACAAUGUGGGCCGCUCGCUCACCACCGUCUUCAACGUGCUGCUCUCCUACCUGCUCCUCAAGCAGACCACCUCCUUCUAUGCCCUGCUCACCUGCGGCAUCAUCAUCGGGGGCUUCUGGCUUGGUGUGGACCAGGAGGGGGCAGAGGGCACCCUGUCGUGGCUGGGCACUCUCUUCGGCGUGCUGGCCAGCCUCUGCGUCUCGCUGAACGCCAUCUACACCAAGAAGGUGCUCCCAGCGGUGGACGGCAGCAUCUGGCGCCUGACCUUCUACAACAACGCCAACGCCUGCAUCCUCUUCCUGCCCCUGCUCCUGCUGCUCGGGGAGCUUCAGGCCCUGCGUGACUUUGCCCAGCUGGGCAGUGCCCACUUCUGGGGGAUGAUGACACUGGGCGGUCUGUUUGGCUUCGCCAUCGGCUAUGUGACAGGACUUCAGAUCAAGUUCACCAGUCCCCUGACCCACAACGUGUCGGGCACGGCCAAGGCCUGUGCCCAGACGGUGCUGGCCGUGCUCUACUACGAGGACACCAAGAGCUUCCUCUGGUGGACGAGCAACAUGAUGGUGCUGGGCGGCUCCUCCGCCUACACCUGGGUCAGGGGCUGGGAGAUGAAGAAGACUCCGGAGGAGCCCAGCCCCAAAGAGGGCGAGAAGAGCGCCAUGGGGGUGUGAGCUCCGCAGGCACCCUGGAUGGCCCAGCCCCAGGCCCGUACGCAGGCGGGGCCAGCACAGCUGUGAAGGCGGUCUCCCAGACCCCAGAGGCGUGCUGUGGUGUGGACUGGGUGCUACUUACAGACCCAAUCAGAAUACGGUGGUUGAGAGGGAACCAGUGUUUACAAGUAAUAUCAGAAAGUUGCCAAACCCAUCUCUUCCCUCUACUAUUUCUGAGCUUUUGUCCUUCCCAAGGGAGCACGCUGGUGAGAGCGGGGCCUCUUCCCACCACCUCCAGGGCCUGUCUACCUCACGUCACACUGAGGACGGGGAGGGGCAACGACCUUGAAGGGACAGCAAGGGCAGUGUACACAAUGUGGGGGGUGGCCCCACCACAGCCACCUGGACAGGGUUGGGAAACCUUCCAUCUGCAGUGGGCAGGCAGCCUCGCCCUGGGCCCACAAACCAGCCUUCCUUCGGAGGAAAGUGUGGGCUGGAUGGAGGGAAGAAAUGAGCAAGUUCCCUCUGAGACCAGUAGAUCCCCAAAGGCUGCUGGGCAGUGGCCUGGAACAAGGUGGAUCAUGAGAAAGUGCCCAUCUGCACCCUGUGUGUCCAGCUUUUGAGCACAAGGGAACCACGCUUCUCUUAGAGGUUAAGCAGGGUCACUUAGCAUCCUCCCCCGGUCCCUGACACCACAUUUACUUGCGUGGCUCCUCUGGCCCUGAGUGGCACCUGCCCCUCUGGUCUCCCAGCAGCUGGCUCAGGUAACAGCCUUCUGAAAGCAGAGCCAGGGGGCCACUUCUCUCUUCUCCCAGUUCUGCCUCCCCCAAAGCCUUCCUCCCCAAGUGGGGCUGGUGAAGCAAGGGUCUGGAUUAAGAGCCUUCCACCCCAGCUGUGCCUGGCACCCCCACAUUUCUGCAGGGGAGGUGUUAUAGCCUUGUUCUGAGCCACUUGCCUCGUGAAGGUAAGAUGCUAACCUUUACAUUCGCACUGACAGAGCCUGCCUGGCCCCACUCGUAGUCCAGCGGGCUCCUAUAACAAAAUGCCAUAAGCCGGGUGGGCUUCUGAACAACAGAAACGUAUUGCUCACGGCUCUGGGGGCUGGGACGUCCAAGAUCAAGGGGCCAGCAAAUUGAGAGUCUACUGAGGGCUGUUUCCCGAUCCAUAGAUGGUGCCUUCUCGCUGUAUCCUCACAUGGUGGAAGCAAAAACAAGCGAGCUCCCUCCUGCCUCUUUUAUAAGGACACUAAUCCCAUUGAUGAGGGCUCCACCCCUGUGACCCAAUCAGCUCCAAAGGCUCCACCACCUAAUACUAUCACCUUGUGGGUGAGGAUUCCAACAUGUGAAUUUGCCGGUUGGUGGCGGGGGGAACACAUAAAUGUCGCGACCCCAGCACCCUUCACCACACCCUCCUGCCCUCAGGGUGGCUUUCACUCCCCCGCCCUUCUGGUGGGCAUUUCGUACGUCCUUUCUCUUGGGGUGACUUCUGAUGCUUUUAGGCCCUGUAGUGAAAAGCUGGGGAGAGUGGGUCUUCUCCCCACUCCCCCUCCCGUCCCCUCACAAUCCCAGGUGGAUUCUAAUGCAGCUGCUGGGGCCUGAUGCCCUGAGUUUUUGAUUCAAUAAAGAAUCCCCGAGAUCC